AUGGUUGGUUAUGCUACGGUUGGUAUUAGCGUGUUUGUUUCGUUGUUCGCCCUCAACAUGGAGAUGUGGUCAGCUCUGGAGACUUGCGAAGUUAUGGGCGCCCUCGCCACCCUAGCGGCCGACCCUGUCAAUGACAAGAAGGUCACUGCUGCCGCAACGACAUCGUCAUGGCUUCUGUACAUGAACCUGCGUGCCACAGACGACUUCGAGUCUAGGCCAUCAUGGAAUACGAUCAGCCCCGAGUUCCCACCCGGAGGCUCUCCCGUAACCUUCAAGUUGAGUUUUAUUCCGUGCAACUCCGCGGCUAUGUUCACAAGCUCCUCAGCGAAGCCGAUUCAAAGUGUUCAGAUCUGUCUGCCUGCGUCACUCCUGGUGUUCCAGCAACAUUCUUGGGGAUCGGUAGUGUUCACGACGUCGGAUCUGGAAGCGUUCAUACAAAAGUUCUUGACUGAAAUCAGUCUCUCACUGAGCGAAUUCAACGUCCGGGAUAAAAGCAACAGAACCCGUGGGAACAUCUUUGGCAUCGUCCACGUUUGUCCACUGUUUUGCUCAUGCUUCAACACUUUGCGGCCCUUUGACCCUACCGCAUACACCGGAAAGCCCAAAGCUGCCGAGCUUGACGCCGCCGCGUCGUCCUCAGAGCUGCCGACUGCUGCAAAGACGGACGAUGAGACCAAUGUGCAGACUUGGGCUGGUGGUGAGUCGAGUCCGGAACCUCAGAAUUUCAGGAAAGAACUUAAGGCGACUUCCGUGACGGGGCCGGAAGAGGCUUCAUCACCGGCAGGAAGCACUGAGCCAAUUUCCACAGAGACCAGCGCCACAACCGGAAAGCAUGGACCUCACGACAACGGAACCUUGCGACUUGUCAGCCUGCGAGUGAUCAAUAAAAUCCACAACACAGAGAUCGACCAAAAACGAUACACCUUUGCCGAGCUAGAUGGCUGGACCUGCAAGAUACCGGCUCGCCAAUACCGCGAGGGGGAGCUCGUCCUCUACUUCCAGGUUGACUCCUUCCUGCCCGGCACGGAUGAACGUUUCGGAAGAGCAAAGAAGCUUCAAAUGCUGGGCGGUAAGUUGGGCCAGAGACUCAAGACCGAGAAGUUUGGCAAAGGUGAAGACAAGAUCGUGUCCCAGGGCAUGGUCCUGCCUGUGCAGACGUUUCCAGAAAUCUGGAAGAAGAUCGAGGUGGUGCGACAGUUCAUCUCAAUCGGUACAAUGAAAGGGGAUGUGUCCCUGAUCAACGCGACUCUGCUCAUCAUGUACCGCGACAAGAACUGGGCGGAGAUAUUGGGGGUCAAGAAGUGGGAGGAGACGGCGGCCCAGCCCCAGCAGCAGCCUGAGCAUCAACGUCUCGGGAUGUAUCCGGGUGAGGUGUUUAGGCGGACGGAUGUGAGCCGAGUUGAGGACUGCCCGAACCUGUUCACCAAGCGCAAGUACAACAGGCUGAUUUACCAGGAGAGCGUCAAGAUGGAUGGCGCUGCGAUGGUUGUCUACUUCCUCACAAAGACAUCCUCUCAUUUCGGUUCGCUGAAUCCCCUACCCGAGAAGGUCGGGCCCAACACAGUGCUCGAGACGGGCCGCUUUGGCGUUUGCAGUAACAAGGUCGACAAGAACGAGCUGGAGAUCCAGGGUCCCGCGGCUUUCAAGUACUGGGAGACGGCCUUGCGGUACGACCUCCCCGCCAAGCUAUCGAAGCUCGGCCGCAACAUCGCGAUCCAGGGGGAGCUGUGCGGCGAUUCGAUCCAGAACAACCGCGAGCGCAUCCCGAACGGCGAGCAGGAUUUCUUUGUCUUUGCCAUGUUCGACAUUGACAAGCAGCGGUUCAUCAACCCCAGAGAGGUGGAGAGGAUGGCGGAGGACUUGGGGCUUAAGCAUGUCCCCGUGCUGGGCUAUGUCAAGCUCACUGACAUUGCAACCAGCCACGGCGACCUCAAGAAGCGAGCAGCCAAGAAGAAGGGCGAGGGGCUGGUGUUCAAGUGCCUAGAGGAUGGACGACGGUUCAAGGUAAUCUCCAACACCUACCUCUUGGAGCACGGCAUUUGA